CACAUAUCGGCCUUGUUCUUCAUCUCCUCCGCCGUGUGCUGUCGUCAUCGUCGUCGUUGUCGCACCGCCAACAUUGUUGCGUCCAUGGGAAAGCCCAGGAAAUUCAAGAACAAGGCGCCAGCUUUGGCAGCCUCUGCGCGGGCUUCAAGCUCUUCUAGGAAGAUCAAGAAGAAAUCCAAGAAGAAUACUGGAGAUGCUAAUCCUCCAGAGCCUUCGAAUGCCUUGAUGGUGGCUCCUGCUCCGGCUGCCGCUCCUAAUGUGGAGACUAAGAACAGGAAAGCAGAGGUUGGGAAGGAGAAGGAGAAGGAGAAGAACAGGAAAGCAGAGGUUGAGAAGGAGAAGGAGAAGGAGAAGGAGAAGGGGAAGGGGAAGGAGAAGGAGGCAACAACAAUGGCGAGGACUUCGGGAUUCAUCUUCAUGUGUAGUGCGAAGACAAAGCCGGAAUGCUACCGCUACCGUGUGUUUGGGCUUCCGAAGGGGAGGAUUGGUGAAGUGGAGAAGAUAAAACUUGGGGCUAGGUUGUUCCUUUAUGAUUUUGAUUUGAGGCUUCUUUAUGGAGUGUAUAGGGCUUCAUCAAAAGGCGGGUUAAAUUUGGAGCGUGGGGCUUUUGGAGGAGGAUACCCAGCGCAGGUGAACUUCAAGAUUGAUAAGGACUGUUUGCCCUUGCCUGAAACUGAAUUCAAGCAAGCUAUUCUAGACAACUAUUACUCAAAGAACAAAUUUAAACCAGAGCUUAGCAAUAAACAGGUUCACAAGUUGUUGUCGUUGUUCCGUCCUAUUGCUAUGCUGCCUCGAUCAGUGCCCUCUCCUCAAAUUAUUGAAGAUUCCCACCCUUCAGCGUCAGCUCACUUGCUUUUUGAGGAGCCUUAUAGAUCUGAACGUCAUGCUCGUGAUCCUCCUCCAAUUGGAUCCCGAUAUGCACCUUUCCCAAGUCAUCCUCGAAAUGAACAAUAUCUACCAGCAACACAAUAUGCUUGCCCCCCUUCUGCGGCUGAUCACCGUGUGCCAAUGACUAUUUCAUCCACAAUAGAUGCAUACCGGACAGCUCUAAGUGAUCCAUAUCAGGGGCAAACCUUGCUUUCGUACUAUCAAGAGCACCCGCUAGUUUCUUCUGAGGGUGUUGUUUAUAGGAUGGUGCCAGAGGUGAUUACCACAAGAGACGCUCUGCGUCCAGUCAGGGAGCAUAGACCCCUUGUAGAUGCCCUCCCUCCAUCAAGAGACAACCGAUCUCUUGUGGAUCCACUCCCUCCAGGGCGAGACUACCAAACUCUUGUAGAUCUGCACCCUACUGGAAGAGACUACCGGUCUCCUGUGGAUCCACUUCCUCUUGUUAGAGACCACCGACCUCUUGGGGAUCCCCUCCCUCCAAGAGAUUACAGACAGCAUCCGAGCAUAGACACCGGUAAUAUUCCCCAAGCAGAUCGAUUCGAUGGGCUCAACCAUGUGGAGCAAUCUGUAACCUAUGUGGGAGUGCCUCAACUGAGUUAUAGUUUUCCUGCCUAUGAGAAUCCUCAGCGUACCACAUAUGUUUCUGAAAGCCUUCAGACAUAUGCACCCGUUGAAGUGACACCUCUGCAGAGUUACAGUUCUAUGUCCUAUGUGGAUCCUCAUCAUGCAGCAUACGCAACUGAUGGUCUUCUGAGGCCAGUCUCCAGCAGGGCUGAUUUGCAAAGUGCACCUGUCUCAUCCCUUUAUUCGUUUGUGGGUGCAGCACCUACCUAUCGGUAGUUGGGUUCUAACUCUAUGUAUGUUGUGUCUGCCCCCUCUGGGUCAGACGUUUCAAUGUUAAAUUGUGAAUCGCUGCGCUGCUCUUUUGUUCUGUGCAAUGUGGGAACUAUGCAAGUGAAUCCUAAGCAGAGAUCAUUAGAAAUCCUAGCAAAGCAACAACAAAUGCUUAUCUCUAGUUUCGAUUAUCUUGAUGUGCUUUUGUCUCACCUUUUUGCCUGCUGUUUUGUGAAGUGGUGUUAAGUUGCAUCUCUUUUCAUUUUAGACUAUGCAAAUCAUAUCAUUAAGAUGCUGUAUUAUUGUCUGCAUUCUUGGAUCAGCAUUUUGUAUUCUGUGGCUUUGUAGCUCGUCGUAUUCUUCA